AUGGCGACAGUCCUACCCCCACCAAGCAAAAGACAACGAACAGAUGCCGCAGAGAGAGCAAGAGAGCAACAGGACAUCGAGGUGAUUCCCAGUGAUGCUGGCAGUCUUCGGAUACAGUUCUUUGACGAGACGACUGGUCUUCCUAUAGGCCAAGGCCCUGUGCUUGUGCCAGUUGCGGAUGCGACCCCUAAGAACCUCGAGCUUCUCCUGAAUGCGCUAUUGAACCAUGAUUCCUCUGAGACCGUGCCGUACCGAUUCACCCUUCCUGUACCAGACAAAAAGACUCUCGAGCCGAUCACAACUGCAUACCCAACGAAUGUCUGGAAGACCUUGAUCAGACCCGGUCUGAUCAGCACGGAACAGGUUCAGAACAUAUCAGCAGCACCCCAAGCAGUAUUCAGAGUACAAGCAGUCUCGAGGUGUGCUUCAACGAUACCAGGCCAUGGUGAAGCGAUCCUCGCCACCCAGUUCUCUCCCAAAUCUUCGUCGAGAAUGGUCAGCGGAAGUGGAGAUAACACAGCGAGGGUAUGGGACUGUGAUACAGGAACACCCGUGCACACUCUGAAAGGACAUACCAGCUGGGUUCUGGCAGUAAGCUGGUCUCCAGACGACUCGAGGAUAGUAACGGGAAGUAUGGAUAAUACCGUACGGAUGUGGGAUCCCAAGUCAGGAAAGCAAGUUGGAAAUCCCAUGAAGGGCCACUCCAAAUGGGUGACGAGUCUUGCGUGGGAACCCUACCAUUCUCAAAAGCCCGGAGAACCUCGGUUAGCAUCAGCGUCUAAGGACUCUACUGUCAGAGUAUGGUCGACAAAUCAACAGACGAUCGAACUUGUACUGAGUGGGCACAAGGGCUCGGUCUCUUGCGUCAAAUGGGGAGGAACCGGUUUCAUAUACACAGGAUCCCACGACAAGACAGUGAAGGUGUGGAAUGCAAAGGAUGGAACCUUGGCCCACACGCUCAGCGCACACGCACAUUGGGUCAAUCACCUCGCACUCUCAACCGACUUCGUCAUCCGAACAGGAUUUCACGAACACAAAGGUAAGAUACCCGUCACAGAGGAAGAAAAGGUCGCCAAAGCCCGAGAGAGAUUCCUCAAAGCAUCUACCAUCCAAGGCGAGGUCGUCGAAAGACUCGUCUCCGCCAGCGACGACUUCACCAUGUACCUCUGGGACCCAGCCAAGGGAACCAAACCUGUAGCCCGCAUGCUGGGCCACCAGAAGCAAGUCAACCACGUCACCUUCUCCCCCGACGGCUUGCUGAUAGCCUCCUCCGGCUUCGACAACCACACCAAGCUCUGGAAUGCCCGCGACGGCAAAUUCAUCAACACCCUGCGCGGUCACGUCGCACCCGUCUACCAGUGCGCAUUCAGCCCGGACUCGCGACUGCUCGUCACGGCAAGUAAAGAUACGACCCUCAAGGUCUGGGAUCUUCGAACCCAGAAACUCUCGGCUGAUCUUCCGGGACAUCAAGAUGAGGUGUACGCCGUAGACUGGAGCCCUGAUGGCCAGAAGGUGGCGAGUGGAGGAAAGGAUAAAGCUGUGCGGGUUUGGAGACAUUGA